AUAUGCUUUUCGAUCGUGUAUGUGGGAUAAUAAAUGUACUAGCGCAGGGGUCUCCAAACUACGGUCCGCGGGCCGCAUGCCGCAAUCAGGAUUGAUUGAAGCUCAAGGCCGUUGACGAAAAAAAACAAUACGAUCAAGUUCGUAAUCUUUUAACUAAGCAUUAUAAACGCAUGGAAUGGCAAAGAAUCUCGUUAGCAGGUAAGCGAGAAACUCGGCAGUAAUAACACUUCUUUUGUUGCUGAUGUGCGCUGGCCAGCUUUCCGUUCGAUACAUGAAGAACAGUUGAAUAAACAGGAAUGACGUCGAACCGAUCGAACAAAAUAACGUUCAUUAGACCACGGAAGUAUUAGUUGGCUGUGAAAAUGCUACAGAUCUGCGUGAAACAACCGGUGUUUUACGUUGGUGUAAGGUCACAUUUUUGACGGCAAUUGGGUACGUGCCCGUAUCCAUGACGACAAGAAUCAAAUCGCGGUUAUCUCACAUGCCCACUUGGUCUGUUAAGUGCUACAGGUUAAGUUUAUAUGUUUGCUCCGAUUGAGUACGGUCGCAGUCUACAGUAAAAUAAUGUACAGAAAGCAUCGCAAAAAUCUUUCUAACUUGGACAAAAUAGUGCUAUGUUUGAGCGGGGCUUGGCUCAUUUUGGUGAAUACUGUUGAAGGGAGACCACAAACUGUGGCUCAAACAACACAGAGUUCGAGCAAUAACGGGAAUAAUUCGACCAUUUCACGGUUCGGUGCCCAUGAUUAUGCAUACGUGUCUAGUUGGCCAAUUUUGGAUCGCAAACUAGGGUCGGUAUCGGCCGUGGCCAUCGAUGGUAGCGGUAACGUCGUCAUAUUUCAUCGGGGAUCCCACGUCUGGUCGUUUAAUUCGUUCGACACGCAGAACGUAUAUCUAGAAGCAACAGGUGGUCCAAUAUCACAACAUACGGUGUUAAAGUUUAGUCCCAAUUCCGGCGAUCUACUACAAGAAUGGGGUGAAAACCUGUUCUACAUGCCACACGGAUUAGCGAUAGAUCACGAGCAGAACUACUGGCUCACGGAUGUGGCCAUGCAUCAAGUAUUCAAGUUCAACCUAAACCACUCAACGACCGAACCCGUGCUUACACUCGGAACUCGUUUCGAACCGGGCAACGACAUGUAUCACUAUUGUAAACCAACUUCCGUCGCGAUACUAAGAAGUGGUGAGUUUUUCGUUGCCGAUGGUUACUGCAAUGGUCGUAUAGUAAAAUACACACCGGAAGGUGUUCCCAUCCUGUCCUGGGGGCGCAAUUCCUUCCUACUGACACGAACGUUCACGCUCGCACCAGGACCAGUCCCUGCCAAUUUCUUUGCUAUUCCGCACGCAUUAGCGGUGGUACCAGAUCGUGACCUGUUGUGUGUGGCUGACCGGGAACAAGGCCGGGUGCAGUGUUUCCACACCAAAAACGGAACAUUCCACUCGCAGUACAGCAGUCCAGAGAUCGGCAAUCGAUUGUUUAGCGUGAAGUACAUUGCAUCGGACGGUGGGUUGUUGUAUACCAUUAAUGGACCGGGUCUUGAUCUCGAUGCGGCGCCUGUAGGUGGAUUCAUAAUGGAGAUGGAUAGCGGAAAAAUAAUUGGUCGAUUUCAGCCGAGUAACCAGAAGCAUGCGUUCAGCAACCCACAUGAACUGGCCGUCGCUGACGAUGGUUCGGAAGUGUAUGUUGCGGAAUUAGAUCCACAGAUGGUGCACAAGUUUCGUUUAAUUUCACCACGACCAUCCACAUCGACACCCAAUUCCGCUCGCAUCGAAGGUGAGAACACAUCCAAUGGCCACUAUUCCAGUGUGUCUGGAAUGAAAAGUGCGUUGACCGCUGGUUCGAUUGGAAUAUUUUCCAUUGUUAGCACACUGAUCGUGACCAGUCUGUUGGUGAUACUGAUGGCGCGCGUUAUUUGCUUCCGAUCCGGACAGGUAUCCUCACGAGUAGACGAAGUACCACUGAGAAACAUGGUCGACGAAGAGGGUUAGACGGUACUGAUGCGCAAACGGUAGCAUUAUUUACAGCACGAUCUGUGAUCUAGAGGAUGAACUUGGCGGAAAACACUUAAAUUGAGGACUGAUUGUGUAAAUCCCAGUUCUGUCGCUUAUGCAGCUUCCUAAUCCCAGAGUAUUUAAUAUUGAAACAAAUUGUUUAUUUAAAUAUAAUUAAAGGUAAAGCCCCGUACUAACAACAGGCUAAUAGAUAA